UUGCCGCUUUUCCCAAAUAGCAAUAACAGACAUUCUCUGGCAAUAAGAUGCAGGGGCGUAAGGAUCUACAACAUUUGACCGGAUGCGAAGGUAGUUCCUUUUCCUCCCCCUUCCUGCGCUGAAAGGUAAAGAUGUCGUCUCAUCUGCAGUGGAUGGUCAUCAGGAACUGCUCCAGUUACCUCAUCAAGAGGAACGGACAGACUUACAGCACUGAGGCCAACAACCUUAAGUCUCGCAACUCCUUCCGCUUCAAUGGUCUUGUGCACCGCAAGUCUGUAGGAGUGGAGCCUGCAGCUGAUGGAAAGGGUGUGGUCGUAGUACUGAAGAAGAGAGCAGGCCAGCGUAAACCUGCCACUUGCUAUGAGAAGAUCACUAUCAACAAGAACGCCAGAGCCACACUGAGCAGCCUGCGUCACAUCAUCCGCAAGAAUCACUACAGGAGAGACCUGCGCAUGGCUGCCCUGCGUCGUGCCAGUGCCAUCCUGCGUAGCCAGAAGCCCGUGGUGGUGAAGAAGAAGCGCACCCGUGCCGCCAAGACUGCAUAAGCAGCCAGUCGUGCACCAUGUGUUCUCUUCAAAUAAAGACAUUUUGUUCAAAAACA